AUGAGCUCUACCGAUACAGCCAAAAAUAGCAAAAUCACCACCAACACCUACUCCCAUGUGUUCAAGUACCCACUAGUGGCGGAGGCCAGCGCUUUGGUAGAGAGGUCGUCCACCGUGAGGAUUGUCGAGUCUUAUGCGCACUCAUUGGUCAGCAGAGCGCUCUCUGUGCUUUCUAGCGUGUCCAUUCUUGUCUCGCUCCUUAACGCCAUCGAUCAAACCACAGAUGCCACACUAUCGUACCUGGACCGCACUUUCCCCUUCUUGACCACCGUCUCCACAGAGACCAUCUCCAAAUCGUUGAACGGCUACUACGACAGAUGGGCCCGCGGCGUGGUGAAGAACGCCAGAACGACGUUUGCAAACACCACCAGCUCUGUGCGCUCGCGGCUGAGUGCCGUGGUGAAGACGUUCAACGACUACUACGAGUCUGCCGUGGACAGGCUGCUGCCGCUGAAGAACCAGGCUGAGGCCAAGGGCCAGGAGGUGACCGACAUUGCGCAGAGCGAGCUCACGCGGUCCAGAAAGCUGCUCAGGUCGACGUACGAAAGGGCUCUUCCCUACGUCCACCAGGUGUCUGGCCUGCCGCAGUACGUGACCGAGGUGUACAACAGCGAGAAGGCCUCGUCGUCGGCUCCUGCUGCCAUUGCCAAGACGUCCAGAAGGCUCUCGAACGAGGCGUAUGUGAACGCGAUCAAGCCUACCUACGAUGCGACUCUGAAACCGGCCGUCGACCGCAUCAUUGGCGGCCCGUCUUCGCACACCAACGGCAUCGUCGACACGGUGACCGAGCCGCUGAACGGCUCGCUGUGA